AUGUCCAAGAAAGGAUCCUUACGCCCUUGCGAUCAAUGUCGUGGACGUAAAGUGAGGUGUAAUUAUUCUUUGCCCUGUGAUCGAUGUCAGAGCCAUAAUCUAGCUUGUACUUUCGAUAUCAUCAGAAAAAAGAAAGGUCCAAAAGCCGGCAGGGGCAUUGUCAUUGACCGGCUGCGAGCGCAAUCGUCAACAGCCACGCCGACGCCAUUUCGAGCUACGACUGAAGUCGAGAAUGUACGGGAAACUCAGCCAGUUGGAGCUGCACAUUCCAAUCACAACACAGUUGUACCAAACACCGAGGAUCUCGACAAUAUCUAUGAUGGCAUCUUGGAUACAGAUCGAAAUACCAUCCCUACUGAAUCAGACGCGGGACCUGAUGGCUUUCUUGACGACACGUAUUUGACCUUCGACGAAUUUGCUCAGAAUGUACUUGCCACUUCUUCGAGACAGCUUCCAUACCCAAAAACCGAUUAUUCAUGGCCACAAACAAAUCAUGCGACUCAACUGGCUACAGAGCAGCAAAGUCCCUUCUCCGUUGCCACUGCGAGUUUUCUAUCACCGGAGAUCUCAUCGUCGCAUCAUUUGCAGAUAGACAAAGUCGUCGAGCGUAGUGUUGACUUGUUCUUCAAGCACACUUAUCCGAUAUAUCCGAUAGUCGAUCAGAGCAGUAUUCGCUCGAUACUAUCAGGCUCUCGAGAAGGCAGUUGGGCAGAGACUUGUCAGAUAUGGUCCAUCUGCGCGUUGACUCUCGUAACCGCGAACUCUUGGCCUGGAAUGAGCACAGAGUGGAGAGUUUCCACUGCACGCAACUACAUCCGAAAAUGCCUGGAAACUCGCUUGAGCGUUGGUUUUAUCGAAACAGCUUCAAUCGAGGAUGUGCUGACAUCGCUCUUCAUCGCUGUAACGUACUUUGAUCUCAAGUGUCGCAAGACUUCAUGGUACUAUCUCAGGGAAUCUAUUACACUGGCCCAUCAUGUGGGUAUAUCCUCUAGUGGGAGAAACACUGCGCUGGAUCCGAAAGAGAGGCUUCUGUACCAGCGUGUAUGUGCGAUACUCUACAUCACCGAACGCGGAGCUUGUAUACAUGACAGAUUCCCAAUCAGCAUUUUGGAGCCACCGGAUCUGCCCUGCGAAGCACUGCCUAACGAAGACCCUGCCAUAUCGCUCAGUCUCAGUGGCCUUUUUCGCCUCUUCUCUCUUCUCGACAUAAACUUCAUUCGAGCAUGGAGUGACCUUUUGCUAUCCGACACCACUCCCCAAAAACUUGGAGAGCUGCAGAAACAUCUAUGUCAACCACUACAUCUCAAUGGAGUCAAUGAUGUUCAAUCCGCGAAUAUUCUCAUCACGCAACAAUGGUUACGCUUGAUGGUGUGGCAAACCGCUUUGAGACUCGGUUUGAUAUCCUCCACCGCUGCAGAUUCCGCUUUCUCAUAUGGAUAUCCGGUCGAGGUUGCGUCUUCGCUAUGUGAGAUUUUGAAAACACUGGCGCCGAUAUCGAUACAAGUUCACGGCUUGGGCAUCUUUGAGAAACAAUUCGAAAUCGCAUACUCAUUGCUCGACGCGUUAAAGUUUUCGAAUAUAUCGCAUCCGGGUGAUCAUCAUGAGGUGCUGCGAUCUCUGCUGUUGAGUUUGUCUGUUUCACCGACUUCGAGGGAGGUCUAUGUGCAUAUUCUGCAGAGGAAGAUGGAUCAGAGUGAAGGGAGUAGGUUUGAGCAGAAGUAUGUUCAUCUUGCGGAUGUGCAGCUUUUGAGAGAGGGUCGGGGCGGGAGACAGAACUCGAGGAGGGAAUCUAGUUCGCAUUCACGAUAUGUUUGA